UUUCCAAACCGCCGAUGACUGGGACCAUCCACAACAAAGCGUGCGGAAAUACUAUGUGCAUGUUAUUCUCCACUAGGAAUAUACAAUGCAGCGCGCUUCAUUUUCUAUAGACUCAUUAAUAUCCGGCUCUCCUGCCGGACCUGGAUACAGAAAUCCAGCAUUUCAAUUACCCUUUUUCUAUAAUGGUUAUGUGUUCGUGCCACGCUCGGGACUUUAUUCAACCGGAGCUCUGAGUUUUCCAGGGCAAUUGCUCCCGGAUCAUCUCAUAAAUGGACAUAGAUUGCCCUUGCCGGACAUUCCCCAGGAAUGCAGGGGAACAAAUGCCGGAUAUACAGGAGCUGCAUCACCUUCAUCUACCACGAGCAACAAAUCACCUGUGUUUGAUCUUCAACACAGUCCAACGGAACAGCUGAGCAUCUCCAGAGAUUCCAGCCCCGAUGUGACCACACUGGACGAUGAUAUGAGUGAUCACUCCAUCGAAGAAGAUGUAAAAAGAGGAAGCUCGGAUGAUCGAAAAGGUAGGCGAAGGAGGACGGCCUUCACCAGUGAGCAGCUUCUUGAACUGGAAAAAGAGUUCCACGCCAAGAAAUAUCUCUCUCUCACAGAACGAUCUCAGAUAGCCCAUACUCUCAAACUCAGUGAGGUUCAAGUCAAAAUAUGGUUUCAAAACCGCCGUGCCAAAUGGAAAAGAGUCAAAGCUGGCCUCGCAUCUGGCAGAAUAGGAUCUGCCAGUGGUAACAAUGGACCUAAAAUUGUCGUUCCUAUACCCGUGCAUGUCAAUAGAAUGGCCAUUAGAAGUCAACACCAACAACUAGAGAAAACUCUGGCCAGAUGAAGAUCUCCCUUUCCGAUGCUCUGGAAUCGCCAUUUCAUGGAAUCAGUGAUUGAUUCGAAUGAACCAGUAGAGUCAAACUGAAACAAAUCCGAAGACCCACUUUGGCAUAGAAUCGAAAAAAACUUAAACGAACUUGAAUCUAUGGAUGGUUGACUGAAUGUAAACAAUGAGAAGCUUCCUAUAAGACCGGAAGAAACUUAGAAAACUUCCGGUGUAUCCCUCCGCUUACGAGGCGAUGUGAGAACAGGCUUAAUAUUCUAGGAAGUUUUAUUAUCGUGAUUUUUGUUCUAAUUUACGGGGAAUUUUGCCAUUCAUAAGAGUUUCCUGGAAAUUUUACAAAUUCUAACAAGUCGAGAGCCUAAAACAAACUUAAGAAAAUUGAUAUCACGAUGUAAAUAAAGUUUAAGGAGUGCCAUGUUUUGAGUGUUAUUUGGCUAUGUUUGUGUAAAAUAUCACUGUUUGUGCUUUUUGAAGUAACAUCAAUGCCUCGUAGCACGCUCGCAGAGUCUUGCGAAUUUUAUUGAUUCGUUGAAAAUGAAAUUGAAAGAGCGUGUUAUACGAUAAACAUUAAAAGUAUAACUAUAUUGGAUGGCUUAAAGAUCAAUCGAAAGUAGUCUCACUGAAAUCUUACGACGGAUUUUAACUCCUAGCGUCAUCUGUGCUUAGCUUUACAAUAUCAACCAUCCAUUGAUUUAAGCUAAAUUAGCUGAAUCUGAUGAUUUGAAUAGUUUAGUUUCAUUCGAAAUAAUCAGUAAAAUCUGUCAAAUCUAAUCAGCGCUGUUGAUUUUGACGUAAUCCGCAAACAUUAAUUAGAAUCAACUGAAUCAUUUGAGAAUACAAUAUUCAUUGAUUCGAAUAAUAUUCAUCUUAACACUGGUGAUUAGUUUUUAUUCCAACCAGUUCAUUCGAAUCUGUUGAUUCGUGUAAAUUCUAAUGAUCUAUUUUGACUCUGAUAUAAUUCGGCGAGUCUUUUGAUUUAAAUCGGUUGAUUCACUUUACUUUAAACGAAAUCUGCUUUUUUAAUUCGUGGUUUGAAUCAGUUAAUUGAUUUGUAUGUUUUUUUGCGAACAACGCAACUAGAGUUGGAUUUUUUUUCUUCAGUCAAUCAUUUGAAUUGUUAUUAUGCAGUAAUUUGACUGAAAAAAAAAUUUUUGGCAUGAAUUUUAAUGACAAAUUUUGCCCAUUUCGAUUCGUUUUGUAAACUAGCUUCCAAUCGUCUUUAUAAAGUAAGGAGAGACAGAAAUGGAGUACUGUUUCUAAUAUUCAUACAAUGGUUCAAUUUUACAUCCUAUGUAGAUUAAAUUUUAUGCAUUCUUGACGCAUAAAAGUUAUUGUAAUAUAAAUAAAAUGUAUAUUGUAAAUAUUA